AUGACCAUAUGCAGCACUGUAAGAGAUUCUCAACUCUGUAUAUUCCUGCAUGUGUCCUCUCAUCGCUUCGCAUCUCGCAAUGAAAAAAGAUCACGAGAAUCAAAGAUUCAAGAGACAUCAGCAAUGAGUAGUUUAUCUCAACAGUUGAAAGUCAUCAGCGAGAAGAAUGCUUCGGUGGCUCUUGACAGAAAAACGAGAUCGAGAAUCCAUUCUCGUUCGCUCAUUUUCGAUCCUAAAGUCGCUGCAGCCCAGGAUUUCGAUUACAUAUACCAGCUAGGCUGUGAAGGUUUGGCGGAACUUUCAGAGAUUGACCACAGAUUCGAAAAAUUCGCUUCAACGCUUUUCUCGGAAACCAGCAUUAACUUUGACCGCAAUGUGCAAACAAAGGACCUCUUAACCCAGGUGAACAAGAACUUGGAUGCGUUUAUCAACUUGAUAGCUCCAUACUACCAUUUGAGCCCGACACUCAAGGCUAUGGAAUGGUUAGUGAGAAGAUAUCACAUCAACAUCCACAAUACUGAGUUGCUUUUGGUUUCUGUAUUGCCUUACCAUUCUGAUCCUGUGUUCGUCAGGGUUAUGAAUGUCAUUCCAGACGACUCGUGGCCUCCUAUCUUGUCUAGCAUUUCCGGUUACAGGAGAGAAAUGAAGUGUCCUCCUGUUUCAUCUAUCUUGAAAGUAUUUCACAAUGACCCUGCUUUCUUCAAGUUGUACUCCGAGUACCUAGUCAAGCAAUUGCAAAACAAGACUGUCUACAAAGAACAGUUGGUUUUCUACUUAUCCAACACAGCACAAGUGUUGGCCUCCCAUGCUCGUGACCCUGCUAAGCUCAAUGAUGCAUACCUUCCGACUGUGUUGGAAACUUGUAACGAGUUAUUCAUCGAAAGAAGUUUCCCGUUCCUGUCAACGUUAAGUGCUGAUGUGAGAUUGACAGUGUAUGCAAUCAUUUCUGUUUUGUGUUCCAUCAUUCCAUUGACAAACACUUUGGUUUUCACAUUGUGCAAGUCCAUUAUCCAAGGUGAAAUGGCCUUCCAGGCAUCGCUUCGCAGACAAACUUUUAUCGUUUUGGGACAAUUGUGGAACUAUUACAAUGAGCUCGAUGUUCCUUCCGAUAUCGAAUUGUUCUCUGGUCUCCCUGCGGCAUCGAUGUUGGAAGACGCAUCGUUGGUGGAGCUGUUGAUAUUGGAAAAGUACAAUUUGACGAAAUUUUUGUACUUUUAUUUUGCGGACAGACUCAACCAUCAACAUACAGAUGCAUUAGGUGUGUUGAAAUAUUUGGAUGUUUCUACUUCUGAGUUUUUAUUUGAUGCAGUGUCAUCAAAACUUGUUUCCUUUGUCUUCGCUUCUUCCAGCCUUGAUGAAACUUCAAGAGCUCAGAUAAUUGUUGUGUUCGAGAAGUUACAUAAAGCCAACGCCGAGAAAUUGGUGGCUAUUUUGGACAAGAACAGCAAAACAUUGAAUGACUUGGAAAUGUCUCUCAUGCAUACAUUAUCGUCUGGUGGCGAAGUGGAUACAUCUGCUCAUAACUUUGAUAUUGAAGACAUCACUUUGGAUCUUCCAACGAACAAUUAUGAGUUGUCGCAAAAAUUUGUCAAAGUCAGAGUGCAUCGCUCCUCCUUCUUGGAUAGAGAUUCGACCUCUGACUUUGCAAAGAUCACUCAUGUAUUAUUGGAGACUCUUCGCUCGACUGACAUUACGCUACAGGCUUCAGUUAUGAUUCGCUUUUGUAGAGUCGCUAUUGGAACAGAUUGGGGAGCUCAGAUUUCUUAUUUGUUGAGAUUAGCAUUGACUCAAGCUAUUCCCUCUAAUAUCAGAAUACUUGCAUUGGCAUGUAUCAGAUCAAAAUUGUUAGGCAAAAUCCAUACAGAUCAACUGAUUAAUUUCUACUUGUUGGUUCCUAUCAUCCUUCUUGGUUUUGCUGAUGAAAACAAACAGAUCAGGAAUUACUUCCUUAUUGUGCUUGAAAUCAUCUAUAAGCAAAGUUCAAAGCUCAAUGAGGGUAACCCAAAGAAGGUCAAAUGUGAUUUGUUUAUGGAACUGCAAAUCUAUGGUGAAACAGAUGCAUCCAAAAGGUCUUUGAUCUCGCCACAAGAUGCCCAGGUCAUGUUAGAAACACUAAUGAAAGAUAAAGGUGUGGUUUCAGAGGUGGUGGCAGAUGGUACUCGUGUGAGACACGUUGUUUUCAAUGUGUUGUUCAAAUGUGUCAAGUCAGGCCUGAAGAAGUUUGGUUCUUUGCUCCUUAGAACUUUUAUCCUCACCCAGUGGUCUUUGCCCCAAUGGCCACUUGCGCUCAAAUGGAGAGUGUGGCUGAUCAUUGGUGCUGAAAACAUCUCUAGUGAGGGAACUGACGAUAGGUUUUUCUUUGUUGAUGAUGUGAAACAUUAUGUUGAGACAAGAAGCCAGUGGCUGAAGGAAGCAAUCGAUACUGGAGUUCAAUUGCAGGAUGUGGAUAAGGUUAUCGUUAGUUUGGUUGGUGGGCAUACAACUAAUGAGAAGAAAAUCAACAAAGAAAUAGAUUGGAUUUUGAAGUCGUUGUCUACAGACGGCCAUUUGCAAGUCACUGCCAACGAAAGGUUGAUUGAGCUCUACCCUACAUUGAAAUCAAAGGACGUUAGAUUGAAGAUUUCUUUGGAUUUGAUCGACUUGGUGGUAAAGGAUAACGAUUUGCUUUUGGAAUUUGAUCCUGUUGAGACAUUGCAGUCACUCUUCAUGACCAAUGAUGCUAUGAUUGAUUUAUUGGGCACAAUUAACAUUGUGCAGCAAAUCCCUGACCAAGGUGUGGCUAAAAGAAGAAGAAGAUCUUCCUCAUCGAUUCAAAAGAACAUGGCUAGAGAUGAUAUCAGUUCAAUGGCCUCAGUUCAUUUGAGGAAACUCUCGGUUAUUUUGGACGUCUUGGAAAGCCACUUGAGACGGAAGUUUUCUGAAGUCGCUAACCCAGAGUUGUUGCAAGCUUUGUUCAGAAUUUUGACGGAUUUGGAUUACUUGGGCAAUGACGGCAAAAUGCCAGUUUUGUACGCACAGGAAUCCUUGGCUACAUGUAUGUUGCUCAGCAUUGUUGACAUGAAGGAACUGUCUUCAAAAAAGAAAUUGAAAUUUGACUCCAACUCUAUCAGAGCUGACUUGAUUGUCAACUCCAUCAGGCUUUCUCAGUCCCCUCAAGUGCAAAAUAGAUUGUUGCUCGUAAUUGCAGAGUUGGCUUCCUUGGCUCCAGAGAUCAUCUUGCAUUCGGUGAUGCCUAUUUUCACUUUCAUGGGAGCUCACACCAUCAGACAAGAUGAUGAGUUCUCCAGCUCAGCUUUACAGCAAACCAUUGCGAAAGUUGUUCCAGCAAUUACUGGGGCUUCAUCGUCUGUUUCUAACGAGAUCGAAUUCUUGUUGACAAGCUUUGUCACUGCUUUCCAGCAUAUCCCAAGACAUCGCAGAGUUAAGCUUUUCGUGUCCUUGAUUAAGACUUUGGGCUGUAACAGAUCGUUGCACCUUAUUCUUUUCCUCAUUGCCCAACAGUACUCUGCCAAUAUUGCCAAGGGUAAGAUGCCAGAAUGCAGUUCCUUAUUGGACUUUGUUGCAGCAUUAAUGAAGACAUUUACUGCAGACCAAUGUUUGGAUAGUAUUUGUGGAUUCUUCAACUUGUGGGAUACAAUUCCUGAAUCCGAGUUGGAUAAACAUAGCGAUGAAUAUUCUGCAUUGUCGGGUAGAUCCGUGUUUGGAUCUGCUAUCGUUAAUCUUACUACAAGUGAAUUGGGUUUACUUAAGAAGAGAAUGUUGAGCUUCAUCAAUCAGACCUUGAAGGCAGACGAAGAGAUGUCGCUCACUUCUAACACUGCAUCAUUAAAAAUGAAGGUUUCUCUAGUCUUGUUCGAUGACCGUUCCAAUGCGGACGAAAAAGAGUCCAUUUUGCUGCGUUUCAACAAGGUCAGUUCUUUUAUAUUGACAUCCUUGGAACACUUUUCUGUCAAGGAUGGGAAGCAAGAUGCUGAGAUUGGUGAUGAAUUAUAUGAACUGCUUAAGGGUUUGUUGAACUUGUUGCCACUAAGCUAUUACAUUUCUUCCGUUACUGGUUCCUUAAAGAAUGUGUCUGAUCCAUUGUCCAUCAAAAUCGCCAAAAAUUUUGCGGUUUGGCGGGCACCAAAUUUGAGAAUGAGGUUAACGUCAACAGCGUUGACGAAGAGUUUGACGAUAUCGUUGUUCGGAGCUUAUUGCCUAUUUUAA